AUGGCAGCCAAGAUAACCGACAGGUUCACCUUCGUGCCUGAGUUUUGCCUCUCUUUGACGGCUAUUAGUCUCUUUUUGAAUAUAUCCUCCAGACACUAUCGACUGAAGCUAUGGGAAAAGGGGGGCGCCGAGGGUUGGAAUUCCAGCCCAAGCCAGCCGGUCUGCUGUGAUCCGGACUGUAGUCAGCCUCCUAAGGUUCCGCUGGUCUGGUCGCAGGACCUUGUCGACGCCACCCUCGCGGUUGCCAUCUUAUCUGUAAUCCUUAUGAUUGCUCGAUUCAUCAUGGGCUUUUUCGGUCAAUUCUCUCAGAUCUUUUCAUUAUUAUACGAUGGUCUUCUCGCAUUCUUCUGGUUUCACAGCCUAUCAUCGCAGGCAUCGCCAGACUUUUCGGAUAUGCAGCAUCCGAGCCCCCUCCCGUGGUGCUUAACUUGGCAAUGCCCAGAAGACCUGGCUACACCUUGUCGGGUCACCCAAGCCAGCUUCGUCAUUUCGGCGCUCGCAACGCUCUUCUAUACAGCAAGAUUCAUAGGAACGAUCGUGGAAGUAGCAAGGGUCUGGCGCAAGACCCAUAGAGACGACGACCAGCUUAUCACGGUGCAACUAGAUGAGGAUGAAAGCAUGGGCCGUGAGGAGGCGGCAGCAAGGGAGAAAGAGCGAUAUUUAUAUCGUGAAGCUCUUAGUCCGGUGCUUGCCCUUUUUCCUGAAGAAGCGAGGUAG